AUUUCAUGCUUGUUGCCCUGUGAGUGGAUGAAGAGCGUCGUGAAGGGUAACUGCACGGCCAUGGCGUGUUCGCAAGGCGCAAGCUAAAAUCUCGCUACGAUGCCCCAGCAGUUGCGGGAGGCAAUUUCGCCAGUUGUCAGGUCUGCUGGUGCUUCGCAAACUUAGCUGUGUGCUUCUGCAUGCUAUACGCUUCUUUCUUUCUUCUAGCCGGACACCUAACUGAGGGAGACGACAGGGGGUUUGCUAUUUUGCUCUCAUGGGCGUGUCGCGUAAUGCUAGGUGUGUUACAGAAUCACAGCUGCUUCAUUUUGUAAAGCACUUCCAAGUUCUGCGGUAACAGGCGAAAGACUCAGUACCGGGAGUAGUUAGUCAUGCCUUGUUCACCGACGGCUCAAUUGGCUGCUUAUGGCGGUAGAGGCAUACGCAACCUUUAUAUCUUCCAACUUAAUAUGCUUUUAAUGGCAUACUGAAGGCCGACGCUUCGCCGAAGGAGCGCGAGGGUUGGGCUCUAGCUUUUAUGGCAGGCCAGCUGCAACUCGUGAUAGCGUGCACCUUAGCAGCAGCUUCUGGCUUGGUAUUAUGGUUCCUUGAGCAAGGGCGCGAGCGGCGACAGGAACCAAAAUCUGGCUGCCCCGGUCGCUAUGAACGCGGAAUGCGUGAACGCGAGUAUAUCCGCCUUAUCCCGCCUGGCGAAAUGCAGCUAGUUAGGAGCUUCUUGCGGAGCAUUUACAAUGCUCGCGGUUGGGCUAUCGACGCAGCGUCUCGCGAGCGGGCAUGGGCGGAUGUUUUGAUCACAGCACAGACUCAUGCGGGCGGCAAUUGGCCGCUGGACUUUCAACCUAGCGACAUCACGUCAGAGCAGCUUCAAUCGCUAUGCCUUGCUGUGGAAAGGUUCUUCCUGGGAGGCCUUCUCUCCGCACAGAUUCGCAAGUGUUGUCGGCCGCUCCUGAAGGUCGAGAUGGGUGUUGACCCGCGGGAUCCUCAUUCAUGGCUAUCAGGCCUGCACGAGGACAACACCAUUUAUGUCAACGCUAACCGCUUGCGGGAAAGUAUCUCAGACGUCAACCCCAUGGAUUUUGAGGGCACGCUUUGUGUCAGCAAAUUGGAGGCACUUGCACAUGCUCUUGGCCAUGAGUUGGUCCAUGCGGUGGUGUUAAACUUCUUUCCCGAAAUGGACGCGACCUCGCCUGCUUACAUACCUGACGAUAAGCACGGACCCAUUUUCAUGUUGCUGAACAAGCGCCUGUUCGGCCACACUGGCCAUGCCAGUCGGCGCCUGUUCACCGUUGAUGGGUAGAUGCACCAGGAGGGGCUCUGCGUAUAACCGCAUGCGUUCCCACUACCUACGUUGUAUGACCGUGCUUCAUGUAAGACGCGAGGCGCACUGCAGCUUAAGGGCAGGAACUGGUACUCUUUCCUAAGAUACGUCUUAUGUCAUGUCCGUGAAACAGUCGUCAGGUCAGGGUCAGUAGACUUAACAGUGUUGAGUUAACACUCGUUCGUAUGCCAUGAUGUGUAUGUAAUGUCUGGGUUCCCGAUACGUGGCAGGUGUGCAUGCAUGGGGGGCUGCCGGUGGUUUGGUGUAGCCGUCACGCCUAACCGUGCGUUGCAUGUGAGCCUGCUGGGCUUCACUCAGUGUGGGUGUUGCAUAAGGAGUGCAUCAUCAGAAAGGUUGCGACCCUUCGUAUCUGUUGUUACUACUAUAGACGGUCCAAAUGAUAACAGCAUCGGAAUUUCAAAGGCGUGCAAGCCGUGCACAGGUCUUGUAUACAGGGUUUGGGCCUUGUAGCUUUUUGCUGGGUCUUUAUUAUGUUUCGGAACAACCAUGGGCCCGUUCCAGCAUUCAUGAAUGCGGGCAUUGCGGUGGACAUCGUUGCAACGGUGUGAUGGAUCCCCAUGCCAUUUCGAUGCGGGGCGAGGCGGUAGCAGCAGGCUGAGUGCCCGUCCUGGCUGAGUUGGGUGCAGGUAUAGUCCAAUUAUGCAACGCGCACAGAGGUUACCUAACUAUGAAUAAUGAAUUGGUGCAGAAGGCACAGUUAAACUUCGGUACCAAGGGGCACGCCAGCGGUAGUAGCAACCCGGCCGACCCAUGGGUCAUUUGGCCUUUGCUAAAAACCUAUAUUCGGGGGGCUUUGCGCUGGAACACAGUGAACACGGAAGGCGGCAGCUGCCUUAACGGUAUCACAACCUUUGCUGACGUGCACUACCGGUUAACAUGAUGCACGUUGCAGGCCUGGCUGGCUGGAGUUAGUCGCAAACAUACUGGAUGGAGCCACUAGCCACGGGGUUACCCCGUGUAGUGGUGCUGCACGGCUGGGUGCGCUGGGUGCUCAGUGCUUGUCGUUAUGGCGCCGGUGGUACGUGACCCAUGGGUCACUCCGCAGGUCGCGGCCGUCGCUUAGUCCCGCUCAAUGGACAACAUUCGAGUAGCGGAACGUCCAGGCUGCGGCACCAGCAACUGUUGUGGUCACUGUUAUGG